GCUAUGCUAUGUAAUAUGGAGUUCUGACUUUGCUGUACCAAGAAAUGCAUGCAGAAGUAAAAUCGAAGUAUCGUAGAAACUAUAUCUGUUGAUUACAGUAAUAAUUAUUAAUACAUAUUAACAGAAUGGUUAAGGAGCAAUACAGGGAGACGAACUUGGCGAGAAAGAUUUCUCAUGUGUGUUUUGGUGUAGACAGCACCCACCAAAUUCAGCAACAAGCCCAUAUCCAUGUUGUUGCAAAAAAUCUGUACAGUCAGGACACACAGCGUACCCCUGUACCAUAUGGGGUAUUGGAUCGUAGGAUGGGCACAAAUCAAAAGGAUGCAGACUGUGCAACAUGUGGCAAGGGCCUCAAUGAUUGUAUUGGACAUUAUGGCUACAUUGAUCUUGAAUUACCAGUAUUUCAUGUUGGUUAUUUUCGUUCAGUUAUCUCAGUGCUGCAAACAAUAUGUAAGACAUGUUCCCAUGUUCUUCUGUCUGAUAAUGAAAGAAAGUCUCUUAAGAUGAAGGUAAUGAACCCUGCAUUGCCAUAUUUGGUACGAAAGGCUCUCCGCAAACAGAUCUUUGACAAGGCUAAAAAGGUCACAACUUGUCCACACUGUAGAGAAUUGAAUGGUGCGGUAAGAAAGUGUGGCCUUCUCAAGAUAGUACAUGAAAAAUACCGCUCCAAGAAAGCCACAGAUCCUGUGGUAGCAGAGACACUUGCUGCUUAUAGUGAUGUCGUGGAAUAUAAUCGAGAAAUAGAGUUAGCUGUUUCAAAUGGAUUGGCUCACAUAUUCAAUCCUUUGGAGGUUCUUCAUCUGUUGGAACGUAUUCCUGAAGAAGACAUACCAUUAUUAAUAAUGAAUGCUUCAUGUGGACGACCAAAAGAUCUGAUCCUCACACGCAUACCUGUACCACCACUUUGUAUCCGCCCGUCUGUUGUCUCUGAUCUGAAAUCUGGAACAAAUGAAGAUGAUCUGACAAUGAAACUGUCUGAGAUAGUGUUCAUUAAUGAUGUUAUAAUGAAACACCGUCAGUCAGGAGCAAAAGUACAGAUGAUUAAUGAAGACUGGGACUUCUUGCAACUACACUGUGCAUUAUAUAUGAACAGUGAAACACCAGGAAUUCCCCUCAAUAUGCAGCCAAAGAAAUCCAGUCGUGGGUUGGUGCAAAGGCUAAAGGGAAAGCAGGGCCGAUUCAGAGGAAACUUGUCUGGUAAACGAGUUGAUUUCUCAAGCCGUACAGUCAUUUCACCUGAUCCAAAUCUGAAAAUAGAGGAGGUUGGUGUUCCAAUUUAUGUAGCAAAAAUACUGACAUUCCCAGAGAGAGUCAACAAUGCAAAUAUGAAACUGAUGAAAGAAUUGAUUCUGAAUGGUCCAGAUAAACAUCCAGGAGCUAACUUUGUGGAGCAGAGAGGUCAGGCUUUUAAGAAGGCUCUUAGAUUUGUAAACAGAAAUAAGGUUGCCCAAGAACUGAAGCCUGGUGAUCUUGUAGAGAGACAUCUGCGUGAUGGAGACAUUGUCCUAUUCAACCGGCAACCUAGUUUACACAAACUUAGCAUCAUGGCACACCGAGCAAAGGUGUUGGAACACAGGACUUUUAGAUUCAAUGAAUGUGUUUGUACUCCUUACAAUGCAGAUUUUGAUGGCGAUGAGAUGAACCUGCAUUUGCCACAGACUGAAGAGGCUCGUGCAGAAGCACUUGUGCUCAUGGGGAAUAAGUCUAACCUUGUUACUCCUAGAAAUGGUGAACUACUUAUUGCUGCAACUCAAGACUUCAUUACAGGAGCCUACUUACUCACACAAAAGGAUCAAUUCCUGAAUAGAGGACAGGCUUGUCAGUUGGCUGCAUGUCUUUUGGCAGGAGACGAUGUUGCUAUGCAUAUAGACCUACCUCCUCCUGUCAUACAGAAGCCAACUGCUCUGUGGACUGGAAAACAGAUUUUUAGUUUGAUUAUACGCCCAAAUAAGAAAUGCCCUGUGAAAGCAAACUUACGUACCAAGGGUCGUGCUUACACCAAUAAUGAAGAAUUAUGCAUCAAUGACUCAUAUGUUGUUAUUUACAACUCUGAAUUACUGGCUGGUUCAAUGGAUAAAUCCACACUGGGUUCUGGUUCGAAGAACAACAUCUUCUACAUCUUACUGUGUGACUGGGGUGAGGAUUAUGCAGCCAAGGCCAUGUGGAGACUUGCCAGGCUGACUUCAUACUUCCUGAUGAACAGGGGGUUCUCCAUUGGUAUAGGGGAUGUGACUCCAGGGCAUGGUCUGCUUAGAGCCAAACAUGAGCUUCUACAGGCAGGGUAUUCCAAAUGUGAUGACUAUAUUCGAUCUCUACAAGAAGGACGAUUACAAUGUCAGCCAGGUUGCACAGAGGAAGAGACACUUGAAGCAGUCAUACUGAAGGAAUUGUCUGUUAUUCGAGACCAUGCUGGUAAAGCUUGUCUUAAGGAACUUCAUCCAAGCAAUAGUCCUCUUGUUAUGGCCCUCAGUGGCUCCAAGGGCUCCUUCAUAAACAUCUCUCAGAUGAUUGCCUGUGUUGGUCAGCAAGCUAUUAGUGGACACAGAGUUCCUAAUGGUUUUGAAGAUCGAGCACUUCCGCAUUUUGAACGCCAUUCCAAAAUACCUGCAGCUAAAGGUUUUGUGGAAAACAGUUUUUAUUCCGGACUCACACCUACGGAAUUUUUCUUCCACACAAUGGGUGGAAGAGAAGGGUUGGUUGACACAGCCGUGAAGACAGCAGAAACUGGCUACAUGCAGCGUAGACUAGUAAAGUCUCUAGAAGAUUUAUGUCUGCAUUAUGAUAUGACAGUUCGUAACUCUGUUGGAGACAUUGUUCAAACCUGUUAUGGUGCUGAUGGAUUGGAUCCCACUUAUAUGGAAGGUAAGGACUGCCCUGUUGAUUUUCAACGAGUGCUAGAUCACGUGCGUGCGAAGUGCCCUUCACGUGAUGAAGAACCACUUGAUGGACCAAGCAUCAAGAAGGCAACUGAAGAGAUCCUGAAGACUGAAGACUUUGAUGGUUGUAGCGAUGAGUUUAAAAAUGAAUUAAGGUUAUUCAUGGAGGGGUUUGCUCGACGUGUUGCCCGACUGCGCCAUCACUUUGGUGUUGGUGAUACAUCAUUCUUUCCAUCUGUUGUCUUGCAGUUGGAAAGACUUACAGUUAGUCAGCUUGUUGAUUUUUUCCAUACAUGUCGUGAUAAAUAUAUGCGGUCUAAGAUAGAACCAGGAACUGCAGUAGGUGCUCUUGCUGCACAAAGUAUUGGAGAGCCUGGCACACAGAUGACCCUUAAAACUUUUCAUUUCGCAGGAGUUGCAUCCAUGAACAUUACUCAAGGAGUUCCAAGGAUUAGAGAAAUAAUUAAUGCCAGUAAAACAAUUAGCACUCCAAUUAUCACUGCUCAUCUUGAGGAUGAUACAGAUGCUGAGUUUGCUAGAAGGGUCAAAGGUCGUAUAGAGAAGACAACACUUGGAGAAGUGUCAGAAUACAUUGAGGAACUGUAUCUUCCGGAUGACUGUUUUCUCCUCAUUAAAUUGGAUAUUGACCGCAUACGUUUAUUAAAGUUGGAAGUUGAUGCAGAUUCUAUUCGUUACAGCAUAUGUACGUCACGCCUGAAGUUGAAGCUGCCACUAGUCACAGUUGUCAGUGCCUCAAUGAUAACUGUGAAACCAGGGAAAUCAAAGUCUACUCUUAACUAUCAACUACAGAACCUCAAAGAGACAGUGCCUAAGGUCGUUAUCAAAGGACUGCCAUCUGUAAACCGUGCUGUGAUACAUAAUGAUGACUCUGGUGGCCAGACUCGGUAUAAGUUGUUUGUGGAGGGAGAUAACCUUCGAGAAGUCAUGGCAACGCCUGGAGUCAAAGGAACUCAUACAACUUCCAACAAUACCUAUGAAGUUUUUACAACCUUAGGCAUUGAAGCAGCCAGAGCAACUAUCAUGACAGAAAUUAAACUUGUUAUGGAGAACCAUGGAAUGAGUAUUGAUAGACGUCAUCCAAUGUUAGUGGCAGAUCUGAUGACAAGCCGAGGUGAAGUCUUGGGUAUUACUCGUCAUGGUCUUUCAAAGAUGAAGGAGUCAGUCCUCAAUUUGGCUUCGUUUGAAAAAACUGCUGAUCAUCUAUUUGAUGCAGCAUACCAUGGCCAGAAAGAUGCUAUUACAGGAGUGAGUGAAUCCAUAAUUAUGGGAAUUCCCAUGGCCAUUGGCACUGGCAUCUUCAAAUUGCUCCACAAAGCUGAAAAUGAUCCAAAGCCACCUGAAAGAAAGUUGAUCUUCGAUAAUCCUGCAUAUCACAAACCUGUUUCACGGUAAAUGAAAUAUAGUUUGUUAGAUCCAGGUGUUCAUUUCUUUAUGAUAUGAAAAAUGUAAUCAUACUUAUUGAAAUAAAUUAUCUGUAGCUUUAUACCCAAAUUUAUACAUAAUUUGUAAUUUGGUUACAGAAACUGUAUCAGGAGAUUCUGUUUGUCUUUGCAUGAGUCACUGCAGCUAAGUGAGCUGUUUAAACAAAAUGCCAUAAUUGUCAACUGAACCUCUCUGUAUAUUGAGAACAUUAAAUGGGACUUUCAAAGGAAAGACCACAGACUACUAUUUGUCCUGUUAUGAUAAAGUGUCAGACACUUGACAAAAUGCACAUUAGUAAGGAUUCAUGCUGAAGCAACGAGCAACAGACAAUAAUUGAUUUGUGAUAGAUGUCACUUACAGAAAUAAUGUUCACUUCGGUGCAAACAGUUUGUACCCCAACAACAAUGAUGUUGCUUUUGAAAUGAUCACUCAGUUACAUACAGUAUGUGUCAAAAGAAAAGUUUUUGCUGUAUUGCUGAGUGAUUUGUAUUGCAUGAUAUUGUGGCGGGGGUUAUUUGUAGUAACUUUCUGCAUUGUCCGUGGAACAUCUUGUAUGCUAUAAAUAAUAAUUAUGUGUACUGAAGAACAGCAAAAUAUUAAGUCUGUGCAAAUUAUAGAACAUAGAAUUUUCACUUAUCACUUCAUUUACUGACUUCCAGAAUCUAGCACUUUGAAUGCUUUGUUUUGAAUAUACAGGCAUUAUGAUGUUUCAUAUUGUCUAUUUCUUAUCACUUGCUGCUUCAGUGUGAAUCCUCCCUUUUGCUAAUGCAGAUGAAUGCAUAACUGUGAACAGCAACAGUGAAACAUUAACAAUUUUGAUGACACUGGAAAUGAUCUAUUUUACUUUUAAACUGUUGAAUAAAAUAUCUAUGAUCAAAA